UAAGGGAUGAGUGAGUCUGAGCUCGGUCUCUCCCCGGCACGUUCUCAGCCUUUACCGGUUCAGACCCGACCCGGGAGCCGGGAGCCGCGAGCGGGACUCGCCAUCCCCGGCGGCCGGGACUCCGCGGCCGCUGAGCGCUUCCCGCGCGCCGGGCGCUCCGAGUCCCCGCAGCCCGAGAGGGGCCAGGACUCUGGAGCUUGGGGGGGUGCCUGUGGAAUCCAGUGCUUCUGGCUUCCCGGGUCCCCCGCAGCGGGAGCCCCAGAGACGCGCUGAGCCCGGGACCGCCGCGGACCCAGAAGACCCAGAUUGAGAACCCACAGAAACGACCACAAUGGGCAGCAAAACCUUGCCCGCACCCGUGCCCAUCCACCCCUCCCUGCAGCUCACCAACUACUCCUUUCUCCAGGCAGUAAACGGCCUGCCCACCGUGCCCUCGGACCACCUGCCCAACCUGUAUGGCUUCAGCGCGCUGCACGCCGUGCACCUGCACCAGUGGACGCUGGGCUACCCGGCCAUGCACUUGCCGCGGUCCUCUUUCUCCAAAGUGCCCGGAGCCGUGUCCAACCUGGUGGACGCCCGCUUCCAGCUGCCAGCCUUUCCCUGGUUCCCCCACGUCAUCCAGCCCAAGCCCGAGAUCACGGCUGGAGGCGGCGGCCCCGUGGCGCUCAAGACCAAGCCUCGCUUUGAUUUUGCCAACCUGGCCUUGGCUGCCACGCAAGAAGAUCCCUCCAAGCUUGGCCGCGGGGAGGGUCCCGGCUCCCCCGCUGGUGGGCUGGGCGCCCUCCUGGAUGUGACCAAGCUGUCCCCGGAAAAGAAGCCCACCAGAGGACGCCUGCCCUCCAAGACCAAGAAGGAGUUUGUCUGCAAGUUCUGUGGCCGCCACUUCACUAAGUCCUACAACCUGCUCAUCCACGAGCGGACGCACACAGACGAGCGGCCCUACACCUGUGACAUCUGCCACAAAGCCUUCCGGAGGCAAGACCACCUCAGAGACCACAGAUAUAUCCACUCCAAAGAAAAGCCUUUCAAGUGUCAAGAGUGCGGGAAAGGCUUCUGCCAGUCCAGGACUCUCGCUGUCCACAAGACGCUGCACUCACAGGUGAAGGAGCUCAAAACCUCCAAGAUCAAAUGCUAAGCAGAGCCCCCUGCUCGCCAGGACCCUGGGUCCCGCCGCCUCCUCCUCCAGAGGGACCAGAAGCCGGAAGGCGACUCUAGCGGACCGCCCGCGGGAGGGGCUCCGGGGCCUUCCCGGGCCCAAACCAAGUCCCUGGGGUCCCGGCCGCUUGCAGAACUAUGAAGCCCCGCCCGGGGGCCGCGACCCAGCAGCCAGGGCGGCUCCCCCAGGACGCGGCUAAACUCUUGGCCAAAAAGGCGGUACUCACGUGGCCGAAGGGAAACUACAUUUAAAAAAAUAUAUAUAAGAAGAACGAAAGCUCAGCGGAGCCGCAGCGGCGCCUCCCCCAGAAGUAUUACUUUUUCUAUUGUUAUUUUAUACGUUUUCUUUAUUAUUUUUUUUUCCUUUGACCAUAUAAGCUUGUAACUCUGACUGCGGAAAAAGAGGGGAGAGGAACGGAAGUUCUGCGCGCUCGCAGCUUCCAGACCCCCCUCCCGCCCCAUCCCCACCCGGGAGCCUGCAAAAGUGUAACCCGUGUAUCUGCUUCAGCCGCCGGCCCGCCCGGCCCGGCCCGGCCCGGCCGGCCCGGCCCGGCCGCGGGGCUCGCAGCGCCCGCUCCCCGCUCCCCGCUCCCCGCUCCGGCCGCGCUGCGGGGCCGCGGGCUCCGGGACCGGCCGGCGGGGCGGGGGCCGCGGGCGCUGCGGCUGGAGAGGCCCGGCCUCAGGCUGCCCCUGCCCGGCCGCCCGCCUCCGAGAGCGAGCCGCCGGCUAGGAUGAGGGCGUUGUAUUGCGAUUGGCACUUUAUGCUGACCAUCGGUAACGGACAUUUAUCACUGGAGUUUUUAAAAAUAUGAAAUAAACGGUUAUUUUAC